AUGGCGGCGCCGCCUCCCAAUCCGGGGAAAGGCCCUAAGCCGAGGGGAUUCUUCCCCGGCGACCGCCUCUUCGCCUCCCUCGCCCCCUACGUCAGCUUCGUCGACUACCUCAGCAUCCGCCUCGUGUGCCCCUCGUGGCGCUUCUUCUGCCGCCGCAUCGGCCGCGCGCCGCCGCCCUUCCCGUGGCUCAUGCUCCCGGAGCCGGCCCCCGCCUCGCCCUCCGCGCCCGCGCCGGUCACCGUGCGCCGCCAGUUCUACGACAUCCCGGGGGGCCGGCCCUACGCGUACGACGUCCCGGGGGAGGGCUACCACCGCUGCGUCGCGUCCUCCGCCUACGGGUGGCUCGUGUUCGUCUCCGUGGACGCGCCGCGCCGCCUCGUGCUCGUGAACCCCAUCUCCGGCGCGCGGGUGGUCGUGUCCUGGCCGUUCGGGGACAAGUCCCCCAACGCGCGCUUCCACGCCGCGCUGACGUCCUCGCCUGCGGACCGCAGUGCGUUCUUCCUCGUCGUCGCCACGGACAGGCUCGUCGCCUACUGCCGCCCCGGGCAGCAGGACCAGGCGUGGCGCACCCUACGCGCCCCGGGGUUCCGCUACGACGCGGCUGGCAGCGACAUCGUCACCGUCGGCGCCAUGGUGUACCUGAUCGACAGCAGGAGGAAGGUCUGGCGCGCGGACCUCGGCGAUCCGGAGCCCAAGGUGGAGCGCAGGAACACGGCGUGCCCGCUCCCGUUCCCGUGCGAGGAGGGGAGCAUGCGCCACUACCUCGUGGAGUCGCUCUGGAACGUCCACCUCGUGGUCACGGACGAGCACCACGCGCGCGUCGCGCUCUUCAGGCUGGACUGGGACAAGAGGGCGUGGGUGGCGAUGGACCGCGUCGGCGGCGACCGCGUCCUGCUGCUGGGUCGCGGCUGCUCGGCCUUCGUGCCGCCGGCCGCUGGCCGUCCUCCUGGCAUGGUGCUGUUCGCGCACCAGCCGUCGCUAAGUCUCGCUGACGCUGACGUGGACGGCGGCGUUGCUGCUCCUGCGUGGUUCUGGUCGGAGACGAGGUUGAACAACGGGUCAGAUGGUCCUCUGGUAAUGAAGAAGAAGAUGAAUCACCGGGAAGGCGCCUUCACCGCCGGUGACUCCUUCUGGUUCUUCCCGGCCAUUGAUCCAGAUGAAAACGCUGUGCGAACUAGCUAG